AAUUCGAUCGUAACAAACAGUUUCAUAACAAUCAUUUCGAAAUAAAUUCGAUAAAGAUGAAAGUUGAUAAGUGCAUUAGCGAAAUAUGUAUUUGCGGGCGCCAUCGUUGCCCCAAAAAACCCAGAAAAAACAUUCGGCCGAUUAGCACUUGCGAUACUAAAUUACCAAAUUCUGAAUAUACGGAGAAAUACAGAAAAUUUGACGUUUUUCCCAGAAGCGCCAUUAAACCCGCCAUAACAGCUAAAAAAUGCGAGGCGAAAAUGGAAACAUUAACUACAAAUGCCGAAGCCUAUCGGGCACAUAAGUGCGAACCAGUGAGGCAACGUCCAGCUACCUCUUAUCAUCCUCCGACCGUAAAAAUGUUUGAUGAAUCGACAUACUUGAAAGAUUAUUGCGAUUUCAAGAUAAUUGCCGUUCCAGUUUCGUGUAAACCUAAAUCGAAAUAUAAACCGCCAUCCGUUCCAUUAGAUGAUUUAACGUUGCACAAACAAUCUUUUAGAACUUGGGACGAAAAUACUGCUCGGGGUUGUCGAGGUGUUCUACAAAAGCCGGUUCAUCAAUCUCUUCCCGCAAAUCGACCUUUCCAGGCUCUAACCACGUGCCAAGACGAUUAUCGAGAAUAUAGAGGGAUAGUUCCGGUUAAGGGGAAAGGGAGGCAAGCUACAUUGUGUACGGAAGGAAUAUAUUUUAUGGAUACAACGCAUAAAAUAGAUUUUACAAGAAAGCCUAUUUGUUUUCGAAAGUUAUGCAAACCACAAAUAGUGCGCCCAGAACUUCCUCCUCUAAAAGAUUCCACUCUGUAUCAGAGGGAUUAUCGUCCACCACCAAAAUUAGUUCAGAGAAAGGACUUUCGACCUGUAGUACGGUAUAAUCCGCCCGAUAAUCCACUGGAAAGCGAUACCUUUCACAAAACGGAUUAUAAACCUUGGAAAGUGCACGAAAGAGAAAUCCCUCCGUGGACGAUUAAGAAACCGUACGAAAUGCCUUCUAUAAAAAUGCACGAUGUUACAACUUAUGUCUACAGUUAUAGAAAACAUCCUCAUUUUCGGCAAUUACCAUCCAGAAAACCUGUGCAAACUUUAAAAUUUGGAGACGGCAAAAUUAUGGAGUCCGAGACGUGUCACUCGCACGAUUUCAGAAAGUGGGAAGUGGGGCCUAGAAGACCCAUCGUUAAACUAGAUGCGUAUCGACGUCCCGAAGGAAAAAUGCUGACAGAAUCUACUUACACAAGUCAAUUUCGCGGUCGUUUCGUUCCUCCUUCGACAACCAUGAAACCUAAACCGUUAUUAAAAAUAAAUGCGGGGCCCAUGCAAGAUACUUCGGUAUACCAAGAGGAAUUCCGCUGCCCUUCAUCCGGAGUGUGCCCGGCUUCACUCUUGAAUUCGACGUCGGCCGAAGGCAAACCUCUUUAUCUUCAUACCGGCUCUAGUUUGUCGCACGAAUAUUAUAUGAAGUUAAACGGAGGCAGAACUUAACUUUUCGGACUUGCAGAAAAAUUAUUUUGGAUCAAAAAUAUAAUAAUAAAAGAAUUACUUGAA